AUGGCCCCCAGCACCGUGGCCGUGGAGCUGCUCAGCCCCAAAGAGAAAAACCGACUGCGGAAGCCGGUGGUGGAGAAGAUGCGCCGCGACCGCAUCAACAGCAGCAUCGAGCAGCUGAAGCUGCUGCUGGAGCAGGAGUUUGCGCGGCACCAGCCCAACUCCAAGCUGGAGAAGGCCGACAUCCUGGAGAUGGCCGUCAGCUACCUGAAGCACAGCAAAGCCUUCGCCGCCGCCGCCGGCCCCAAGAGCCUGCACCAGGACUACAGCGAGGGCUACUCGUGGUGCCUGCAGGAGGCCGUGCAGUUCCUCACGCUGCACGCGGCCAGCGACACGCAGAUGAAGCUGCUCUACCACUUCCAGCGACCCCCGGCCGCGCCCGCCCCGCCCGCCAAGGAGCCCAAGGCGCCGGGCGCCGCGCCCGCGCCCGCGCUCACCCCGGCCAAGCCCGCCGCCGCCGCGCGCCAGCCGGCCUGCGGCCUCUGGCGGCCCUGGUGA